AUGCCUCGGAGCAACUAUGAUCCUCCUCCGGUGCAUUUAAUCCCUCGCAGCUCAGGACAAAACUUGCGUCUGAGCGAAGUCAACAAGCGCAUCAAAUACUGCCAGUCGCAAGCCUCCUGGCAUCAAUGCCGUCUCCGGGAAGAGCUCCAAGAACGCCGGCGUGCAGAAGCAGGCUGGCCCAAGCUGAGCGAAACAGCAGACGUCCUCUUCUCGAUCAAACGAGCCCAGUAUGACGGAUUUCCACUUCGCUCACUACCCAGCCUUGCUGGAAUACGCGUGGCACCAGUGUAUGCUUACAUGGUCGCCAAGUAUACUUCGCGAUGGUGCUUUUUCAGAGCUGCAGCUUUUGCCUGCAAUGUCAAGGAUCACAGCUCUGUUCGCGAAGUUAUCAACCCAAUCAGGGAUCACAAGGUGGCUGAAGUGGCCUGCCGCCAUCAGAUCGAUCCACAGAGAUUCCAGCGAAGGUGUCAGAGUUGUGAUGCCGCACAUGAACGACAUGACCCUCUUGACCCGCCCAGCUCUUAUCAACGUUCGGAGCCGACCAUUGUGGGAUUAUACGGUAUCCCAGGCUCUGGAAAAUCUUUUUUGCUCGAAACUCUGAAGCAAGGACUCGGUCAAGAGCCCUUCAUGUUUUACGACGGUAGCCAAGUCAUUGCCGAUGUGACACCCGGGGGUUUGAAGGCAUUCCAGAGAUUGAGCGAAGAAUCGCAAACCAACAUUCGAGAGCGUGCCAUAAACAAGAUCAAGCAGGAAGCCCGCGACAGUGGCAAAGUUGCCAUAGUUGCUGGGCACGCUAUGUUAUGGCCCGAGGAAGAGAGUACCGGCCAAUGGGUCUGCACCCAGGCUGAUCUCGAGUCGUAUACACAUAUUGUGUAUUUAAAUGUCCCGCCUGAAACUAUUGCGGAGUAUCGACUUAAUGACGGAGCAAAGCAUCGGCCAGACGCAUCAAUCAGACACUUGGAGAAGUGGCAAGAGGCCGAAAUUGAAGAGUUGCGUUACCGCUGUAGAGCCCAUCAUAUCAUCUUCGCAAUCUUUUCACCAGGUCGAGAUUCUUCGGGCAAGCUCAUGUCCCUACUUCAAGAUUUUCUCAAUCACACGGAAGAAUUUAAUGCAAGACUCGCUGAGCAACAGAUGGACAAGGCCCUUGCGACUAGGCCCGAGACGGUAUUACUUCUAGAUGCUGACAAGACGUUGGCAGCGCAGGACAGUGGCGAGUUAUUCUGGAAAGCAUUACCCAGCUUGAAGUUCUUGAAAGACACAAUUUCUCCAUUGAAAAGACUCUUUAGCGGUACUUUGCAAUACUCAUAUACGGCCUUCCGUCAAGCAACCAUGCUCUGCGAAGAAGCCAUCGGGGAUGACGAGUACAUUGAACAUUGCGAAAAGGUAGCCCAGAUGAUAACGAUGCAUCAGGAUCUGGUAUAUCUACUGCGCCUAGUGGCGGGCCGAACACACAUUCGUGCAAUUGUUCUCACUUGUGGUAUUCGUGGAGUGUGGGAAAAGGUGCUUGAGAGGGAGCAGCUCUCCAGCUCCAUUGCAAUUAUCGGUGGUGGGCGCCUGUCAGAUGGCCUCGUUAUGACACCGAACUUAAAGGAGAGACUAGUAAAGCAUGUACGCAGCACCUGCAAUGCUUCUGUUUGGGCCUUUGGUGAUAGUCCUCUAGACCUCGGGAUGCUGACAGCUGCGAAUCAAGCUGUUGUCAUUACGGGUGAGCAGGCAACGAGGAGUGCAAGCAUGGAUGACGCGUUAGCCAAUGCUAUCAAAAAAGGGGGUUUCUAUCCGCGCCAGGUCCUUCUCCCAAGCCAUGCAUCUCCGCGUCUUGAUUUAUUACGGCUCCCUCUCAUACAAUUGUCUGAUCAGUCCAUCAUCAAUUCGAUAUUUACUCACUGGAACCAGCUUCAUGUUGUUGACGCAAGUCAUCGUUCUGCUGCAAAGUUGCUUAUGACACCUAUGCGGAACGCAGCAUUCUCGGGCCCAGAUUUGCGCAAAGCGCACUACCGAGCUGGAUGGUAUCUCGCGACAGAAUUUUGCACCGAAAUUUUGGGCCUGGAAACCUUUCCAAUUCCUCAUGUUCAAGGCCACCAAACUGACGGGUAUCGUGUUCUCAAUGAGAAAGACACGCUGAUUGUAGCUCUGAUGCGCGGUGGUGAACCGAUGGCGCUGGGCGUUAAUGAUGCAUUGCCCUCUGCAACAUUCCUACAUGCGCGGGCUGCAACUGAUAUCUUACCAGAGCAUCUAUCCAGCGUCAAGACGAUUCUUCUCGUUGACUCGGUGGUGAACAGUGGCAAAUCUAUUUUAGACUUUGUGCAAUAUAUCCGAACACUCCAUGCCACUGUCCGCAUUGUAGUUAUUGCUGGUGUCAUACAGUCCGAAGCAGUGACAUUAAGCGAGAUUAGCCAGCAGCUCUGCAGGUUCCUUCACUUGUCGUUCAUUGCGCUUCGUUUGUCCGAAAAUAAAUUUACCGGCAAAGGGGGCACUGAUACCGGUAAUAGAUUGUUCAACACAACCAACCUUGAUUAA